AUGUGGGCUAGUAGCAUUUUGGUUCCGGAGGACAUAAAAACUAUAAUGCGCAUAAUUAUGAAGCCCUCUGAGCAGAUGCUGUGGCAAGCACAUUGGCGGCGGCUGUGUGAGUUGUCUGCACAGACCCCGCGGGAUAUGCACCACCCAUUGUUUCAGGUUACGGUUGAUCAGUUGACAGGCAGCAAUAUGUUUUCUCGCCCUGACAUUCAGGUCCAGAUGGGACCUGAAGUUUGUAUGGAGAGUAUGAACUUGGCGCGGGAUGCAUAUAACAUGGUAAAGACGUCAAAGCCGGCACCAUCAUAUUUAUCAAUUAAGCAGGGCAGAGAGGAAACUUUUGCUAGCUUUGUUGACAAAUUGACCGAGGCAUUGUCGCAUGCCGAUGUGCCAGACUGGAUGCGUGCUUCUCUGUUACGUCAGUGCAUUCUUGAAAAUAGUAAUUCCGUUAUGAAAUCUGUCUUAGCUACAUUGCCUCUGAAUGCUACUCUGGAAGAGAUGUUAGAGCGCAUGAACCGUGUACCUACGGCGGCUCAGGCAAUGUUAGUGGAGGCUGUGCGAGCGAUGGGAGAGACUGUAAGUGAACGCCUGGCUACUGCUCAUAAUCAGGCAUUUGCAGCAUUCGCUCCGUUGUUGCAGAGCAAUAACAAAAGUCAUGGCACCUGUUAAUAAUUGAUCUGAAGGAUUGCUUUUUUACAAUCAAAAUUCACCCCGAUGAUUCAGAACGCUUUGCUUUU